GUCCUUUUUGCCCUUGGCUGAACACUAUUCAGGGAUAGAUGAAAAGGCGAACGUACUCGGUGGGGUUGCGUUAGUGGUACUGGCAUUUAGGGAAGCUUCCUCUGCUGUUCUCAAAAGGAACAGGAAGCGAGGAUUAUUUACCUUUACCAAGAUGGCGGCAACCCUACUAACAUAGCCGCCACCACAUCUCUCUCCCUUCCUCUCCUCGCACUAUUAGUUGCUACAGGAAGUGUUCCUGUGACGAACCGGAAGGGAAUGGGCGUCCUCGCUCGAGACCCGGAAUUGGAAGUAUUUCACGAAAGUCGGUUGAGGCCCUGCGGCUGCUGCCGUCGCCGCGGAGAAUACUGCGUUGGAGCCGGCGGCCCAGGAAUGUUCCUUCUAGCUCUUAAUCAUCGAUCACAUUGCCGGGUGGAAGAAAGACCUGGGGGAAUUGAGAGCCGUAGAAAAUCCCAAGAGCUUCAUUUGUAGCCAAGAGCAUCAACAUCCUCUCUCCUGCAAAUCUUUCACCAGAGCUCCAAAGGAGAGCAGAGUAAAGCACCUGAAAGACUUCCUUCUCAGCCUCUCAACUCACCCUGUUUGAAGCCUUGGAUGAACCUGUGGGACUCUUCCUAUCCCUUUGGUUUGGCCUUAAGAGACUGGAAGGAUGGACAAAGAGCCUCAGGGACUGUUAGAUUCAUCUCUGAUGGCAUCUGGCACUGCCAGCCGCUCAGAAGAUGAGGAGUCAUUGGCUGGGCAGAAGCGAAGCUCUUCCCAGGCUUUGGGCACUAUUCCCAAGCGGAGAAGUUCUUCCAGGUUCAUCAAAAGGAAGAAAUUUGAUGAUGAGUUGGUGGAGAGCAGCUUGGCAAAAUCAUCCACUCGGGCCAAGGGUGCCACAGGAGUGGAACCAGGACGUUGCUCAGGGAGUGAGCCUUCUUCCAGUGAAAAGAAGAAGGUAUCCAAGGCAUUGAGCACACCAGUACCCCCCAGCCCAGCCCCUGCCCCUGGCCUCACUAAGCGCAUGAAGAAAAGCAAGCAGCCACUACAGGUGACCAAGGACCUGGGCCGCUGGAAGCCAGCAGACGAUCUCUUGCUCAUCAAUGCUGUGCUACAGACCAAUGACCUGACAUCAGUCCACCUGGGUGUGAAGUUUAGCUGCCGUUUCACCCUUCGGGAGGUCCAGGAGCGCUGGUACGCCCUGCUGUACGAUCCUGUCAUCUCUAAGUUGGCCUGUCAGGCAAUGAGGCAGCUACACCCAGAGGCCAUUGCAGCCAUUCAGAGUAAGGCUUUGUUCAGCAAAGCUGAGGAGCAGCUUCUGAGCAAGGUGGGAUCGGCCAGCCAGCCCUCCCUGGAGACCUUCCAAGACUUGCUGCACAGACACCCCGAUGCCUUCUACUUGUCCCGCACAGCCAAGGCCCUGCAGAGCCACUGGCAGCUCAUGAAGCAGUACUAUCUCCUAGAGGACCAGACAGUGCAGCCACUGCCAAAGGGAGACCAAGUGCUGAAUUUUUCAGAUGCCGAGGAUCUGAUUGAUGAUAGCAAGCUCAAGGACAUGCGAGAUGAGGUGCUGGAGCAUGAGCUCACAGUAGCCGACAGACGGCAGAAGCGGGAGAUUCGGCAGCUGGAGCAGGAGCUGCAUAAGUGGCAGGUGUUGGUGGACAGCAUCACAGGAAUGAGUUCUCCAGACUUUGAUAACCAGACCCUGGCUGUGCUCCGUGGACGCAUGGUGCGAUACCUGAUGCGCUCCAGGGAGAUUACCCUGGGCAGAGCUACCAAGGACAACCAGAUUGAUGUGGAUCUAUCCUUGGAGGGUCCAGCCUGGAAGAUCUCCCGAAAACAAGGUGUCAUUAAACUGAAGAAUAACGGUGACUUUUUCAUUGCCAAUGAGGGUAGACGGCCAAUCUACAUAGAUGGGCGGCCUGUCCUGUGUGGCUCCAAAUGGCGUCUCAGCAACAACUCUGUGGUGGAGAUCGCCAGCCUGCGCUUUGUCUUCCUCAUCAACCAGGACCUCAUUACUCUCAUCCGGGCUGAGGCUGCCAAGAUAACUCCACAGUGAGAGAGGACAGGAGCCAGCCAACUCCUCUCUGGCCUCAUGGCCUCUUUUUUUCCACAACAGCCUUGCUAGCCUGGGAAAGCAAGCUCUUCAGAGAUUCCUUCUAUCCCCUGGAGUCUGUGGUUGGAGGGUGUCUCCUAAAGCCCCAGAUGUGGUUGAUUGAGCCCCAAGGGAGGAAGGAAAUCCUGACUCCCACAGUAGGAGGUACUAAAGGGAGACCGAGUAUCCUUAUUUGGGCCAGGACCCAGCAUCCCAUCCUUUCAGCAAGGUCAGUUCCACAUUCUACCCAAGAGGCUGCCUCUCCCUGACAAACUUUUCUCCUUUUGUAAAUAAAGCACCAAGCUCCAAAUGA